AUGAAGAAGCUCUUCUUUUUCAGAUCUUCUGCUUCUAGCAAUGGAAAGGACAAAUCCCCUCCGUCAACUGAUAAGCAAGUAUACUGGGAAAACAUGUCAGAAAAGGGAAGUCAAGUUGGUGACAAGGCUGACAAUAGUUUUCAAAGUCCUAAAGGAUUAUUUUCUAAAUCUCGAAAGCAGGUCUCUGAUAUCCAGAAUUCCAGUGAGAGUCCAGGACUUAGAAGGAGCCGCUCAUUAUCAUCAGCAGCCUUUCUUGUAAGUGAGCCGGUGCAAGCAGAAUUUUCUUCUUCGAGAUUUCAGAGUAGAUCUCCUUGUAGUAGUACAAGUAGUAUUCCUCAUCGACAAUGUCAUGGUUCGUCAGGUAGCUCUUCUACUUGCUCUAGUAAUGUCUCAUCCAAAGUUCUGGACCGCUACAUAGAUGGAGAGCAGGAGGAAAGCGGCAGACAAGAGAACAGUUCUUCCCAUAGAAAUGGGAAUGGAAAUGGUGGUGGAUGGCGCCCUCCACGAGUUCAGAUCACAGCCCCCAGUUCACCCAGGGCUCAUUCAUUUAGAGAGGCCAAAAGUUCUCGUUAUCAUCCAUCAUCCAAAGAUUGGGCCGAAAACGGAUUUGGGCAUGAAUCUCCCAGGAGACUUGCAAAGAAUGUUGUGGAGAGACUCUCACAGUUUCAUGUCAUGCAGCCGUCACACGCAAAGGAGUUUGACCAUGACAUCCCACUCACCAUUGAGGAUAUCUAUGGAAGACCAGACCUGGUAAGCCAGAAAACUUAUCCUUUGGAUGAACCUUAUGAUCACUCGAGCUUGCAGAAACAGUUCUAUGGAGAGAAGUGUAAUGGUCUAAACUCUGAUGAGAUUGGAGAGGACCUAGAUGUGGAAUUACAAAGGAGACUGGAGGAAGCUGAGGAGAAAGUCAUGAUUCUCUCUGAAGAACUUGAGCAGGAAAGCUUUCUUAGAGACACUGGGUACAAUGUGCCAUCACUGAUUCAGACAAUUCGAAACCUAACAGAGCAGAGAGUCAGCUUUGCACUUGAGGUUUCAAACCUCCUUCAGUUACGAAUUGCUGAGAGGGCCUCUGCCAAGAAAGAAUUGAGACUGGCAAAGGCAGAACUUGAGUCACGAACCAGAAGACUAGAGAAGGAGAAGAAUGAGUUACAGUCAGCACUGGAGACAGAACUAGACCGAAGGUCGACUGACUGGUCACUUAAGCUUGACAAAUAUCAGUCUGAAGAGCAGAGGCUUCGUGAACGAGUUAGAGAGCUUGCAGAGCAAAAUGUCUCACUUCAAAGAGAAGUCUCUUCGUUUCAUGUGAGGGAAACUGAGAGUAGAAGUUUCAUGACAAAUGCUGAGCAACAGGUUAAGGGACUCACUACUAGGAUGGAGGAAAUGAGAGAGGAAAAUCAAGGUCUACAAGAAAAUCUCUCGGAAUUACAAGAGAAGUACAGAGCAUCUGAGGAAGAUCGUGUUUGCCUCCGUAAGAAUUUUGAAGACAGGGAUACGGAGUGCAAGGAUUUGCAUAAAUCCAUUACAAGAUUAUUAAGAACCUGCCGUGAACAAGAGAAGACUAUCGAUGGGUUGCGUGAAGGUUUUAGUGAGGAGUUCAGGAAAAACCAAUCAUCGGAGAGGUUUGAUAAGCAUGUUUCAAAAUUGCAGAUGGAGCAAAUGAGGUUGACAGGAGUAGAACUUGCCUUAAGGAAAGAGUUGGAAUCACAAAGGCUUGAAGUUGAUUCUCUUAGGCAUGAGAAUAUACACUUGUUAGACCGUUUGAGAGGCAGUGGGAAAGACAGUGGUGCUUUAACUUUCAAGCUAGAUAAGGAGAUGUGGGCGCGGGUCGGCUGCUUGCAAAAUCAAGGGCUAUCACUCCUUAAUGAGAGCUCCCAGUUGUGUUCUGAUUUUCUGGAAUUUUUCAAAGGAAAGGCAGGCCAACUUCAAGAAGCUAAGCAGGGUUUGGAUGCACAAUUUUUUGUUGAAUAUGAAAUGAAAGUACAGGGAUUAAAGCGUGGAACUGAAAACUUAACCAGAAGUUUGCAGAAAAUGUCUGAUUUGUUCCAUGAAAAAUCCAGUCUGGCCACUUCAAAUUAUCAAUCUAAGUGCAUGGAUGCUGAAGAAGGACACCCUAAUGAUCAAACCCCAGAGGAGGACACGAAAUAUAAGCUUCAAUCUGAAACUCUACUCACAAGUUUACUGAGAGAGAAGAUACAUUCUAAAGAGCUAGAAGUGGAGCAGUUGCAAGCUGAACUUGCUGCAGCUGUAAGAGGAAAUGACAUCCUCAGAUGUGAAGUUCAGAAUGCAAUGGACAACCUUUCCUGUCUCACCCACAAAUUGAAAGAUGUUGAAUUACUGAUGCUCAAGAAGGAUGAUAACAUCAACAAGCUUCAAAGUGACCUCCAAGAAUCUACAAAGGAGUUAACAGUUACGCGAGGGAUACUGCCUAAAAUUUCAGAAGAGAGAGAUAUGAUGUGGGAGGAAGUGAAAAAGUACAAUGAGAAGAAUAUGCUAUUGAACUCAGAGGUUAACUUGUUGAAGAAGAAGAUAGAGACACUUGAUGAGGAAGUACUCUUCAAAGAAGGCCAGAUCACAAUCCUGAAAGAUACCUUAGGGAACAAAUCAUUUGAUCUUCUAGCGAGUCCUGAUAAUACACGAGAGUUUCUGCUUCGAUAGUUGUCCAAGAUCAGGUUUAUGGUUCGUAAUCAACUUGUUCAUAGUUCUAUACCCCCCGAGUUUGCUUGUGAUAUUGUAUACCUUUUCCCUCUUUUCUUCCUUGAUAGAGUAAAAAGUGAAGAACAGUUCAUUAUUCAUUUGUAAUUACCAAUCUUUACAGUUGGUUUUGCUGCUUGAUUGAA